AUGAAGACGCUCUAUCUGAUGUUCGCAUUGGCUGUGCUGCAGUGCGCCGCUGCAGAAAUGCUUCGUGGAGUUGCUGUGAAAUCGACAAUGACAAACAAGCAAGAGGUAUCGGAGAGAAAGUUACAGGGGAAUUCACCAGGAACUCCAGCCACAUCACCAGGCAGCCCUGCAGCAACACCGGGAACACCCGCCGCAACGCCUGGAACCCCUGCAACUCCAGGAACUCCCGCUGCACCAGGAACUCCAGCUGCUCCAGGAACACCCGCAGCUCCCGGAGCACCCGCAACUCCAGGCACACCCGCUGCUCCAGGAACUCCAGCCGCUCCAGGAACUCCUGCUGCUCCAGGAACACCCGCAACUCCGGGAACUCCAGCUUCACCAGGACCCCCCGCGGCAACACCUGGAACACCCGCAACUCCAGGAACACCCGCAGCUCCCGGAACUCCAGCUGCACCUGGAACUCCAGCUGCACCAGGAACUCCAGCUGCUCCUGCACCAACAACACCCGCACCGGCACCCACUGUGGCACCUGGAGACGAUGAUGGUCCCUAUUUGGGUUGUUUUUGCGCCUGUGAUUUGUUCUUUGAUAAGCAAGAUGGCACCGGUGUGAUUAUGUAUGCUAUUGAGGAUGCUUUGAUUGAAUCGAACGCUGGAUAUUACAUGUGUGUCACGGAUGACGAGAGUAUCCAUUACAACACCAAUCAUUUGGCCAUUUGCGACGAUGAAUGUUUCUUUGCCGAUCACGAGGGACACCACCAUCAUGAUCAUCAUGAUCAUGGCGACCAUGGCCAUGCACAUGGACACGGAAAUGAAACCGGCACUGAUGACUCGCCAUGGGACGACGACUGGCUGUACUUUCAUGGCGAUGACGACUAUGCCUGGGACGACGAUUGGUCCUGGGACGACGAUUGGUCGUAUGACGAUGACAAUGUUACCGAUGACACGGUUUCACACGAUGACACGAUAGAAAGAGACUAGGCAAUCUUAAUGGUGGAUUGUUGGAGGUUGGAUCGAGAAGUCGCGUCGGAUGAUUCUGUUUUGGAUCAUGCGUUGUUCCGCUUGGAUCCCUCUGAAUUGCACGGACACUGUAAAAGUGCGGGGUGCUAAGAAGUAAACCCUUAGUAGUAGAUUGAUAACUUUCAAAAAGAUGCAUAUGUCAAGCUCAGUGUUUGGCGCUAUGCUGGUUAUUCUAUUC